GACUCCUCCCAUCUCUCGGCCAUUUCGCUUCGCAUCUUCCAAACCUGCUUCACCUCCCAGUCAUUUUUCUCAGCCCCCUCCCUCACCUCAGUUCUGUGACUGGUCUUUCAGCAUCCUCGACAACAGAAGCCACCAGCUUUUUACAACCAGAAAAUCGAAGCAAGAUCUUACUGCAGCGAAAGCCUGUUGGAGGUUGCUGGUCUAGAAUCCGUACAUUACCCGAGGCUCGUCGAUGUUGCGUUCUUCUUGUUUGCUUGGUAGCAUAUGUAACUCUAGAGUAGCUCCGUACGACAACGCUGCUCGUUGUAAUAAUUCUAGAAGUUCUGUGGGGAGUCACAACGGGGACAUGGUGACAGCUGUCGCGCCCCUCAAUUUCGCCGUUCCUGCUUACGAAAAGGCUUACGUGAAUCAGUCGUUGAGACCGCGUUAGGCCAGGAUGUGAACUGUGUACAGUCUGUGUGAGCGCUUACUCCGGAUUCUCUAACUUGUUGCUCGUCCUCAACGAAGUAUCCUCGUUCGUAGGUUUAGAAGUAUCUAAUAGACAAUACUCCUAAAGAAUGACCUGGCCCUGAAGUCGUGGAAAUUUUAAAAUCAAAUAAGUUCCCGUUCAGUGAGGGUCGGUGAUGGGCCUGGCGUCGGUGGUUAGGAUAAUGGACGCUGCUGGGUCGGCCAUGCUGGCCACUCACCACCACGGAAUGCCCGACUCAGAAAUUCUCCCCGAGGGCGCUGUUGCGGAGACGAUACGCCUCGAAAACUCCGCGCACCCUGCGCACUUACGCGCGCACUCCGCGCAAUCCGAGCACCCCGAGCUCGCCUCCGGGGAUUCCGCGCAUGUCAGCGGUAGCUGCGCGGGCGGAGACUCGCGGAAUGCGGAGGGUGCGGGGCGGCGGGAGGAAGCGCAAGUGUUGGACCCCGCGGAGAAGCGGUUGCUGGAGCUGGGGUACCGACAAGAGCUCAAGCGCAGCCUGGGCUGGGUGGAGAUAUUCGGCGUGUCAGCGGCAGUCAUGAACCCCUACAUGACGGCCAUGCCGUUCUUCGGGUGGGCGCUGCUGCAGGCGGGCCCCGUGGGCGUCGUGUGGCCGUGGGUGGUGCUCGCGCCCUUCGCCCUCUGCAUGGUGCUCGUCAUCGCUGAAGUCUGCUCCUCCUUCCCCAUGUCAGGGUCGCUCUACUUCUGGGCGGCCAGCCUGUCCCCGCGGCGGUGGAAGCCGUUUGUGGCGUGGGUGACGGUGUGGCUGGAGGUGAUUGCGCUCUCCGUGUGCGCCAGCAGCAUCGCCUUCCCAGCGGCGCAGCUGGUGCAGAUGGUGAUGCACCACAUGACGGGCACGGAGGGGCUGCUGACAUCCUCCGCCUUCUUCUUCGCCCUCUACACCGCGCUGCUGCUGUCGUGGGGGCUGCUCAACUCGCUCUCCCUCACCUGGGUCUCGCGUCUGCUCGACGGCUGUGUCUACUUCAUCGUGCUCUACACCGUGAUCCUGGUGAUCGUGCUCCCAGCGGUGGCGGUGGAGCACAAGCCCGCGUCCUUCAUCUUCCUGGAGUACCAGUCGGGCUGUGACAUCACGGGCGUGUGCGGCGUGCUCCCCACGCUCAUCCUCGCAGGCCUGCUGCCGCAGUUCUCCUUCUUCGGAUUUGAUUCUGCCGCCCACGUCACAGAGGAGACGCUCAACUCGGACGUGUCGGGGCCACGGGCCAUCCUGGGGUCGUUCGUGGUGCAGCUGCUGUUCGGCUUCGCGCUGCUCGUCACCUUCACCGCCUGCAUCCAGGGCGACUACCACGACCUGUUUACAGCGGAGAGCAUGUCCUUCAUGGACCCCAUCGUGCACCUCCUCAUGUCCAUCUUCGCCGGGCGCUUUGGCAGCGCCGUGGGCGCCUAUGUGCUGCUCUUCCUCAUGCUCCUCAACUUCUACGCCGCCGGCUUCGGCGUCACGCUCGCCUCAUCGCGCGCCAUCUACGCUGCCAGUCGUGACGGCGCCAUGCCGUUUUCAAGGGUGUGGCGGACGUUGUCCCAGCGCAACCGGAUCCCUGUUCGAGCCAUCUGGCUCUCCACCUUCAUUGCCGUUGCCAUUGGUGUGCCCUGCUUCUUCUCGCCAACAACCUUCGGCACAGUGGCAGCGAUGACGUCGGCAGCAUGGCUGGGGACGUACGGCAUCGUGGUCUUCUUCCGCCUCAUCAUCCCCUCGCACCACUUCAAUCCGGGCCCCUUCUCCCUGGGCUGCUGCGCGCGCCCGCUGUGCGUGGUGGCGCUGGGGUACAUCGUGUACACCAUCGGGGUCUUCAUGGUGCCGCUCCUCUACCCCAUCACCUGGGAGACCUUCAACUACGCCCCCAUUGCAUCAUUUGUACUUCUGAGCUUUAUCAUACUAUGGUGGGUGGUGGAUGCACAUAGGUGGUUUGUCGGCCCAGUUCCCUCAGCCAAUACUGUGUCACAUUCCACACCGUCGCACCAGCCUCAAGCGUUGCCUCAUGGAUCAGACCCUCACCACCACUUGCCUAUCCCACCGCAAAUUGUGAAUUUGUGAUUGCGGUCAAUGUAAAAUUCAGCUGUAAAUGUAAAUCUAUAUGCAUUUUUUAGUAACCGCGACGCCCCUUGUGGGCUUUCCUCCCAAGACCCUCCUCACAGGCCUCCCCCGUGCCCCCCCUGCGGGCACUCCACUCUCUACCCCCGGCGGCUUUCCCUUUUUGCCCCGACAAUUGUGCACCAAUGCAAGCACUAGAACUAGCCACCUAACCGUCACAAAGAGUUGGGUUAUGCACACACACAGAUGACCGCGAACAAAACCCACGUGUAAAUUUAUCCGACGAUCCACUAGCGAA